GCAGGUUGGCAGCCGCCGGCUGCUCUCCCCCGCAGCAGAGGCUUGUGUCACUCCUGCCCCGGGGCUGCAGGAGCCUGGGGCGGCUGCGGACGGCACAGGGAAGCUCAGUACGGUGCUCUCUCGUAACCCGGCUGCUCCAACCCGACGGAGGGCGGCUGAGGGACUAUUGGGGUGGUGAUGAUAGCCCCGCAGCUCCGAGCCCAGCUGCUAAUGAGGCCGUUAACACCGUGACUCAGCACCAGGGAGCGAGGGGUGUAGGAAGUACGAGGGUCCCCCGAAACGAAAUGGGCUCCGGCUGCCCUGCUCCUGCGGUUUCUCCACCGAAUGACUUGCUCGAGGGUGACCGGCAGGGCGGCUGGUUGUGACUUGGCUUUAUCAGCCGCUUUAACGACGGUAGCAGUUACCGGGGAAGUUUUACCUUGGACUUUCAUCCAGCCGCAUCAAAGCUGUGCUAUAAAACCUGGGCCGUCUCAGAGGAGCCUUUACCGAAUCCCUUUGCCCUCACAGGUCAAGGUUGAACAUGACUGCAGAGUUCUCCCUGGACAGGGCAGCUGAGAUGGACCUUCCGGACCCUGCAGGCCCUGCUGCCCUCCCCAAGCAUAUUCUAGAUGUCUGGGUCAUCGUCUUGAUCAUCCUGGCCACCAUCCUUAUUAUGACAGCGCUGGUGCUGUGCCCAGCCACUGCUGUCAUCAUCUACCGGGUACGGACUCACCCCACACGCAAUGGCAUUGUGUGAGGCUUCGAGGGACGGCCAGCUUGCUGGGCAGGGUGCCACAGCCAUGGGACCUACAGCCUGAUGGGGCAGCCUGAGAGCUGGGAAGAGAUGGGCAGGAGCCAGGGUGGGCCAGCACCCAGACAUCUGCCCCCGUGCUCUGCUCUCACUGCGUGAACCUGCUGCCUCCUCUGUACCCACUGAGUUCAUGGGGAUGGCUGGGGGGAUGGUGACCUGGGCACCAGCGGGCACAUGUGUGACUUUGAGGAUGUGCCCAACCAGGAGCAACUUGCUGAUCUUGCCUUCUCUGGCGACCCUGCCUCCUACCUGGCAAGCAGCAAGGUGUGGAAAUACCUGGCAGAGUUAUUUCUUUGGAGCUGCAGCUAUUGGGGUGGUUGGGAAGGAAGGGUCAGUGCAAGACUGGCACUGGCUGUGCAUUUAGAGACUCAGCUGAAAACAUUGGUGACAGAGCCUGUCCUGGCUGCAUGGUAGCUGUGCAGCUGGCACUGGCUUCUCUACCAGAUACCUGCUGAAACUGUAGAAAAACCUUACAGGGUGCUUGGUUCCUCUGGGUCCUGCAGGGCAGAUGAGCAUGGGCAGGCCCUGCCAAUCUGCCUGCCCACGUGCUGGCUUCGCUCAGUGCUCCUGCUGAUGGCCAGGGCUUCUGGCACACCUGCUCCCUUGUGGCAGGGGGAUAUGUGUACUCCUUGCCUGGGCAGGCAAAGCAGAAAGUUUUCUUGGGUUUCAUGCCCAAGGAACCGUGUAAGCUCUUACUUUGCUCCUUGCUAUGAAAUAAAUUGACUUUGAUCUACA